UUAUCUGAGGCGAGUGAUUUUCAAUUAUUUUAUCUUCGCGCCGAAACCCAUUCAUCGUGAUUAGGUUAAAAAUUCGGUUCCCUUAUCAUGAUCCGCGAUUUGAGUUGAGCUAUCAGUACUAAAAUGACACCGCUUUCGAUAGGAGUGGCACUGCUGUGCGUGGCCGCAUACGUGCUCUUGAACUACAUCUUCGGCUACUGGAAACGGCGAGGAGUUCGACAGCUGACUCCGUACUUCCCGUUCGGGAACUUCGCGGGCGUCUUCCUCGGCAAGGCGUCCUUCCCGAAAGUCUGCGAGAACCUCUACGAACGCAGCAAACAAUGGCGCCUGCUCGGUGGAUACGUCCUGCUGCGACCUGUGAUAUUGGUUAACGACCCUCAGCUAGUCAAGGACAUCAUGGUGAAGGACUUCCAGCACUUUCACGAUCGGGGACCGCACGUGGACGAAGUCAACGACCCCCUGAGUGGACAUCUCUUCUCGCUGGCAGGCGAAAAGUGGAAGAUCCUCCGGGCCAAGUUGACUCCGACGUUCACCAGCGGACGGCUGAAGGGCAUGUUCCAGACCCUGGUCGAUACGGGUGUAGUCCUGCAGGACUACAUCCAGAAGUACGCCGAGGGUGAAGACGUCGUGGAAAUCCGGGAAAUUCUAGCCCGCUACAAUACGGACAAUAUUGCGUCGGUGGCGUUCGGCAUCAAGAUCGAUUCGAUUAACAACCCCAACGAACCGUUCCGCCAGAUUGGGCGUAAGGUUUUCGAGCCAAACUUCCGAAACAACAUGCGCGGACUGAUAACGUUCAUGACGCCGAAGCUCAACCAGUACUUGAAAAUUAAGUCCGUUGACGACGAUGUGGAGCGCUUCAUCAUGCGAGUCGUCCAAGAAACGUUGGAAGGCCGCGAGAAGAACAACAUCGUACGCAAGGACAUGAUGCAGCUGCUGCUGCAGCUGCGCAACACUGGAACCGUAUCGGUCGACGAACGCUGGGACGUCGAAACAACCGCCAAGUUGAAGAAGCUCUCAAUCGGAGAGGUCGCCGCGCAAGCGCACGUAUUCUUCCUGGCCGGAUUUGAGACAUCCUCAACGACCAUGUCGUUCUGCCUGUACGAACUGGCCAAGCAUCCGGACAUCCAACGCAAGGUUCAGGCAGAAAUCGACUCAGUCACUGGUCUCCACGAUGGUAAACUGAGCUACGACAACAUCAACGAGAUGCGCUACCUGGAGUGCUGUAUCGACGAAACCCUCCGCAAGUAUCCUCCCGUUCCGGUGCUGAACCGCGAGUGCACCCAGGACUACAAGGUCCCCGGCAUGGACUUCACCAUCGAAAAGGGAACGGCCGUCAUACUCCAGAUUGCUGGGUUGCAACACGAUCCGCAGUACUAUCCGGACCCGAUGCAGUUCAAACCGGAACGGUUCCAGGAUCCGGAGAUCCGGAACAAACCGUACGCUCCGUUCGGUGACGGGCCAAGGGUUUGCAUCGGGAUGCGAAUGGGUAAGAUACAGACCAAGGUGGGUCUGUCGCUGCUGUUGUCGAAGUUUAACUUCGAGCUGUUUGGCCACGAGGAAGAGGAACUGGUGAUGGAUCCGAACAAUUUCGUUCUGACGCCAGUGGAUGGCAUCAAUUUGAAGGUUAGCUGUCGCGAGUAGCUGGGAAUGGUAGGAGCUCGAAUGCUUUUUAGGAUUAGUUCUUAGAAAUACAUCAAAUUACUUAUAUUGAUAGUGUGACACAAUAUUUGUCUAUAUUUCGGUAUAUUUUUUGAAGACGUCACACCCCAUGAUACUAGAAGCAUACUGUACGCCUUACAUCUAUUUAGACCAUUCGUGGAUGAGUUUGAACUUUACUUCAAUAAAUUUUCCGACUCAGAAGUCUUAACCACAAAAAUAGUUCAAUAAAAAAAACUUUGGAAACACA